GUCACAUUGGAGUACUUUGUCUUUUGGAUCUUUUUAUCAUAUCCUCAGAAUUGAAAUACUCGUUUUAAAUCCAAGUCAUUGUUAAUGAUGAAAGUAAGCGAGAUGUUUGGAACGUUUAGAAGAACGAUCGUAAGGGUGUUCAGGCUACCUUAGAGAUACGCGCCUGCUACAGCCGCUUACGCGGUAGUAAUAACUCUACGUGGUCGUUUCGAACUUGGUUUAGUUACUCGGCGAAUAUCGUCGGGGUGGGUUGCACCAACGCACUGUUCGAUAGAAACUAGCGUCUAUCGCUUCGCUUGUCAUAGCGCGAGUGACUUCGGGUAAAUUUAAAAACAAGAAAACGAGAACACCGUGAUUUACAUGCUGCGUUUGUUGAUUCCUGACGUUGUUACACCAGGAAAUAUGCGGUUUGUGUUUGUAUUUUGGAUUUAAAGUGCGGCGCGCGCACGGCUAAAUCGUUCUUAGGGAUUGGCAGGACUGUUCGGAAAAUUCGGAAAGUGAACAGGUGUUUUUUGAAUGGAUUAGGGAGAAUAGGCGACGAGGACGCAAAAGGAUUUGCGAAUGGUGAAGGAACGGUGCAAUAUUUGUGAAUGACAAAUAAUUGAAGAAAAUGCAUUGGGACCUAUGUUUUGAUUCAAGUUAGUCGAGAAAAUGAGGUAAACCGGUGGAGCUAAUUAUGACAUGCACGGAUAGCAAGGGUAGUCUGGAAACGACCUAGCGACUCUGUUGUACAGUAGAGAGAAUCAGGGCAAGAACCACGGAGGAUUAAAUAUGCCACACCAGUUUGGUUUGCCGACGAUGGCGCAUGGAAUGCAAUCACCUCCUUCGCCGACCUCGGUCAUGUCGGUUUAUCCUCGAUUCGGGUCCGGCGUCUACAGACCGGAUCACCAGGAUCAAAGAUUGACGCGCGAGGCAAUGGAGCGUUAUUUACGCGACAGGAGCGACAUGGUCAUCGUGAUCCUGCACGCGAAGGUCGCUCAGAAGUCUUACGGGAACGAGAAACGAUUCUUCUGCCCGCCGCCGUGCAUCUAUCUUUUCGGGGACGGUUGGAGAAUGCGUCAGGAGCAGAUGCUGCGCGAGGGCGAGAGCGAACAGUCAGCUCAGCUGUGCGCGUUCAUCGGGAUCGGCAACUCCGAUCAAGACAUGCAGCAACUGGACCUGAACAACGGGAAACAGUAUUGCGCGGCCAAGACAUUGUACAUCUCGGACUCGGACAAGAGGAAGCACUUUAUGCUCUCGGUGAAGAUGUUUUACGGCAGUGGCCACGACAUCGGCGUUUUUCACAGUAAGAGGAUCAAGGUGAUCUCGAAACCGUCAAAGAAGAAACAGUCGUUAAAGAACGCCGACCUGUGUAUAGCGAGCGGCACGAAGGUCGCGCUGUUCAAUCGGCUGCGGUCACAGACGGUCAGCACGCGUUACCUCCACGUCGAGAACGGGAACUUCCAUGCGAGCUCCACGCAGUGGGGAGCAUUCACAAUACACUUGCUCGACGAUAAUGAAAGCGAGUCCGAGGAGUUUCAGGUACGGGAUGGAUACGUGCAUUACGGUAGUACUGUAAAAUUAGUAUGUUCCGUGACGGGAAUGGCGCUACCGCGACUGGUGAUCCGUAAAGUGGAUAAGCAGAUGGCCAGUUUGGAAGCCGACGACCCCGUGUCGCAACUGCACAAAUGCGCGUUUUACAUGAAGGACACCGAUCACAUGUAUCUCUGCCUGUCUCAAGAGCGCAUAAUACAGUUUCAAGCUACGCCUUGCCCGAAGGAAGCGAACAAGGAGAUGAUAAACGACGGUGCUUGUUGGACGAUAAUCAGUACCGACAAAGCAGAGUAUCAAUUCUUUGAGGGAAUGGGCCCCGUCAGAUCGCCAGUGACCCCGGUACCGUUGGUUCACAGCUUACAUUUGAACGGCGGCGGGGACGUGGCGAUGCUCGAGCUGACUGGCGACAAUUUCACGCCGAAUCUUCAAGUAUGGUUCGGAGACGUGGAAGCAGAGACUAUGUACAGAUGCCAGGAGAGCAUGCUCUGCGUGGUGCCCGAUAUCUCGCAGUUCAGGGGUGAGUGGCUCUGGGUCCGGCAACCGACCCAGGUGCCGGUCUCGUUGGUCCGCAAUGACGGCAUCAUUUACGCAACCGGGUUGACGUUCACGUAUACCCCGGAGCCGGGUCCCCGACCUCACUGUCCACCGGCGGAUGAGAUCAUGCGAGCGCCGCGUGCUAUGCACAAUCAGGCGAGCAUGCCGCCGGCGAUCGCAGACGUACCGUGGAACACGCAUCAGCCACCACAGUCGGGUCUCUGAUGUUUUCUAGACAAUUACAGUGCGCAUCACCAAAGUUUACGAGCUAGUGAGACGAACACUAUUUCGAACAUUCCCGUUGCAUCGUUGAACGGCGAUAUCCCCGUGGAUAACGAGCGGCUGGACGACGACGGUUCCUCGGCGAGCACGUACGCCGCGCAAGACCCGUUGGCCCGAGACGACACGAGUUUAGACGAUGCGAGGAGCGAGACAUAGCAUUCCGUAGCGUCGGAUGUCUGUGUCUCUACGUGGACAUGUACAGUGUGCCGUGCCGUGGAUCGUUUCCAUAUGUACGUAGGUUCCUAGCUUUAAGUGUUAAAUACAGAAAUUACACACAGGGAUUAGAAUUUAUAGCGACUAAUAGGAUUAAGUGCUUUUUACGAAUGUGAAUAUACCUAGCUAAUUAGGUCAAACGGGAGGGAGAGAGAACGAAUACGAUGAUUGAAAAAACUUACUUGAGAGUCCCUCCGUCGCGUCGUGUUCGACCAGUCAUCGAAAUCGUGCAAUUGUAUUAUUGCACACCGAUCGUUGAAAGUGGUUGUGCAUUCUUUCUCUCGCGUUGCCGGAGCACUCUAAGUUUCGUUUCGAAUUGAUCGUGGCACUAGAAAUGCACGUGACAGUAUAUGGAAGUACUGUCAGCAAUUCUUAAACCGCUACGAAUCUAUUAAAAGCCGUUCUAUUUUAUUUAAGAUAUGCGCUGACGUCGACCAAAACAGCAAAUCGCAUUGUGUGCAAUUCCGUCUGUUUUACACAUUUCCUUCACCAAAAUUGAUAAGCAUGUUUAUUCAGUUUUCCGGUGAGAACGUAAGAUUAGUAUAUAGCAUAUGGAAAGUUUAUGAAACAUUGAUAGAACGUAACGCAGCGACGUUAAUUUUUCGAAGUUAAUUUGCAUCACGAUAGACAUGAGUAUUUCAACGAAUAGGCAAAAUUCGCGGUGCACACGCUUGCUCGAUUUAUAUUUCAGCGCGCAUCGAACCGGGCCGAGGUACGUUCCUCCACCACAAUAGUACCAAACGGGCCGACUCCCACCCAAGCGUACAGCCUGGCGGCCCGUUUCGAAGCGGGUUGUCCACGUAUGUACCGCGCAAUAUUUAGAGCUUUAUAAUGCAAGUACGCAUUACUUCUUUAAUUAUAUCGUACAAAUUACUGUUUUGCAAAUCGUUCAAUGUUUCCAUGCUUUUCUUCUUAAAAUUAUAGUUUAUACUUAUGACUAUUAUUUCAUAUAAUAGAGAGAGUUGUCUAAAUUAAGAAAGUACGGAAUAAAAUAGAACAUGAGUAGUAUAAUUAUUUUUUUCUUAUCUUUAUUUCAGCUGUUCUUCGAAUAGCCUUUGAUUCGAAGUCAUUUGUAUGAAAUUCAACUGCCAUUCGGAAAUUAGUUUUAAGAAGAAAAGCAUGGAAGACCACCCCGUCGGCUACCAUAACUUACCGAUCAUUAUUUAUUUUUUUUUCAAGUUCGCUGACAAUCCCGACUUGCUUUCUCUAACAGAUUUUAUGCACGCUUCUUUAUUAAUCUCACUCACCGUCUGUCGAUGCUCGUCUUGAGAUCUCUUUUUAAAAGCAGAAACGACAAUAUGCUUGUUCGCGAAAUAAGCACGAUCUGUAUCGAUGCAUUCCCAAUUGAUACGGAAGAUCAAAGUCUAAAUAUACACGUUUUAUGUCUCUCUAUGUUUUACAAUAAAUUGAAAAGAUUUAUAUACAA